GCUUCCUGCUGCCUGGUCCCUGCUAUGUACUGCUGACCGGGACGGGCAGUGGGGGGACACAAACAACACAAAGGGGCAUGCGUGCCUGGCACCGCAUGGCUUUCCUCGACAGAACGACGAUGCCUUAUGCCAGUUGUCCGGCCGUAGUGGCUCAACUGCGUCUUCCCAGCGGCGGCUCUCCCGGGGAGCACAGCCAGCAUGAACAUGCACGGCUGUAGACCACAAAUUACCCAUCCACAAGAGCACAAUAGCUGCCGUCUGGGCCGUCUGGGCGCCCCUGCCGCAGAAGGGACAACGGGGAUGGCUGAAACAGGACCUGAGCAACACAUCCAUCAUCCAUCUCCCCAUUGUCCCUCUCUCUUUCUCUUUCUUCUUUCUCUCUCUACUCACCCAUUUAUAUUCUCAAGCCCCCUCCGCACCCUUACACCCUACCUUGUAGAAAGCCACUUGAACGCCUCUCACGGCUCAAUCACACUCCUUUUUCUGGGCUUGUCCUCAUCACCGCGUCCCUUCCCUCAGCCAGCUCGCAGGUCGAGUACCCCCGCCAUGCCCGCCUCAACCCCCCUAUAUGCCCUUGCUGCAGCCAUCAUGUCUGGCGUUGCCCUCGGUGCCGCAGACCAUUGGAUCUUGACCCAUGCACAGACAAUCGCCCUUGCACGCAUGGACCCAAUUGUGAAUCCAUCUGCCAUCAGCACUCAUGUUCACAAUAUUGUCGGAGCGAGCAAUUUCGAUAUCACAUUGAACAGCGUAUCCGACCAGCUCAAUGCUGCUUGCUCGUCCACCAUUGUCAAUGCUGACAUUUCAAACUACUGGGCUCCUCAACUAUACUACCACCACCAGAACGUUACCUUCUCUCCCAUCAUGUCUGGUACCCGUGUCUACUACUUUACCAAGGGCACCGAGGUCAAGCCUUUCCCGCAAGGUCUUCGAAUGAUUGCUGGCGCUGCCACAACUCGAGACCUGUCCGACACUAAAGCCUUUGGCGUCAGGAUCUCUUGUGACCAUGGAGAAGACGGUUUCUAUCUUCCCAACGGCACAACUCAUCCGGGUGGCUGCUCAUUGAUCUCUACGGCAACCUACUUCCCGAGCUGCGGGCUGUCGACCGGCGACUUGGAUUCUACCGACCAUUUCUCGCACAUGGCCUGGCCUCAGAGCUACAAUGGCACCGUUCUUGUAGAUGAUGCCAACGGGCAGUAUUGCCCAGACACGCACCCAUUGAAAUAUCCGACGAUUUUUGCUCAAUGGAACUACUACCUCGACGAUAACCAGCCUUGGAGGAACGAUGAGGGCACCAUCGUUUUUUCCAACGGGGAUACCCUGGGAUCUUCGAUGCACGCUGAUUUUGUGAACGGUUGGACGCCAGAUGUCCUCGCAGACGCAAUUAGCCAGUGUGGCGACGGCAAUGGGCCUGAAGAAGACCUCACGGCUUGCGCCCCUCUUGCCAAGUCGACCAACGAGUCUGCCACUUGGGAUUGUCGUCUUGAAGGCAAAAUUCCCGAUGAGGAUGUCGGUCUCCAAAGGCCAAUCGACAAGCUCCCUGGAUGUAACCCUCUUUGGACAGCCGAUGUUGCCACCAAGCCCACCUGUGACGAGACGGCCUCUGAUCCAUCAAUGUUCGGACCCAAUGUCCUCUUUGAAAACUUGAUAUACCGAUGGCACGUCCCCAUGGCCGCUGCAUUUGUCACAAUCACUUCCGAUCUCGCUGGGCUUACGCCUUCGCUGGGCAAUACCGGCGACUCUCGACUUGUCGCAUGGGGAUCAGAAGGAUCAGACACCUCUAGAAUGACUGUGGGAACCCUCGAAGAGAUCAUUGCGGGUGCUGUUGGAGCUGCCAACGGUAGCUCAUCUACAGCUGAAAGCUCUACUGCUUCAACUACCGCUUCCACUGCCUCUGAUGUUUCUUCAACUCUUGCCUCGGCCACCGCUACUCAAACGUCGUCAGAGUCAACAGCGUGGAUUUCAUCUGAAGGGGGUGACUCUGCAUCCACAUCUCUCAUGACUUCUGCAAGCGUCUCUGCAGCUUGUAAGACUAUCACCUAGGCUUACGAUUGAGCUAACAUCACUUGAGCGGGCCAAGUCUUGGCUAUCGCCGAAACAUCCACUUUGUCUGAAACCUCCAGCACUGCCACCCAGACUCAAGUGGCGUCAACCCAGGUCUGCAAGGGCAAGAAGAAGAGAUCUUUGGCCGAAAACCAUCUUCGUCGCUCGAAGUCCAAGCGAUUGCAGUUCUAGGACAUCUCGUCACCUUUUGAUGCCGGCUACAAUCCAGCUGUUCAUAACUAUAGUUUCCGUCUUCUUUUCCGACCUUGGCAUGAGGUUGCUUUGAGCUGUGCUCGAUCCAUCAGGCUGAUCGUGCUUUAGCAGUGCCAUAAUCUUUUACGUGUGUCUAUAAUCGUCUUUCACCUGAGCGUGUGCCAGAUAUCUUCAUUUUUAUAUACCCAUAGUUCUAUACCCCGUGUAAAAUUUACCCAAGAUGUGAUACAGCUUCCACAUUUGUCA